UGUAGCAUUUAAUGAGAUAUAUCACACGGCGGGAUUUAAAGUGACCGAUCUGCAGAAGGAAACGCUCAGUUUAUUGGUCUAGAGCUGCAGUGUCAACCCCUGACGCAGCCGGUGCACCUAUCCGCGGGGUGGGGGAGCAGUGACACCUGACGCGUGACGGCUCGAGACGCCGGUCUUUCCCAUCACGACCACUUCGGCUCUGCAGUGCAGGAACUGCUGUGUUUUAUGGAAAUAGCGGAGUCUGUGCAUCCUAUCGUGAUCAUGCUGCCCCCAAAGAGUUGCAUGUCGAGGAACUACAGCUGCAUAGCCGGGCUGUUCGGAAGCCUGGCAGAGGCAAACCCGCGAGAAGAUGGGGAUGAUUUGGACACGAUCAACGGUACUUGUGAAAGCACCGAGAGCCCAGUUGUGGAAGAGAGACCACGGGGCAGAGAGGUCGCCCUGAAGCCUUCACAGAGUCCAAAUCUGCGUCGGAGGUGCAAGUCGCUGCCCACACCCACAGAGAGAGCAAAGUUAGAGAUCUCCCGCAGCAGAAGUCCAUCCAGUCAGAAAAAGGUCCGGUUCGCCGACUCACUGGGCCUGGAGCUCAUUUCAGUGAAGCACUUUGAUGAUACAGAUGAGCCACAAGUGCCGGAACGCAUAUUGGCAAAACUAACCAAAGGACCCGUCCACCUUAAUCAUCUGAACGCAAAGUUUCCCCGUGUUCCUGGGCAGUCUAUGUUCAUGGAGUUGCAGUUCACCAACCCAGGCACACUACCCGGUUUUGAGCAAAAAGUGAGGGAGGUGAAAGUCAUGUUAGAGUCCGUUGAGGUAGAUGAAUUCAGCCUCUCCGGGUUUGUGCGCGUGUUGAAUUUGGCUUUCGAAAAGAGCGUCUCUUUGCGUUAUUCUUUAAACAACUGGAUUACAUGUAUGGACAGCCUGGCGUCCUAUGUUCCUGAUUCAAGCGACGGUGACACUGAUAAGUUCUGUUUCAAGAUAGUCAUGCCGACUUACGUCGACAACGGAAGCACAUUUCAGUUUGCAAUUAAAUACUGUGUCGGCGGGCAAGAGUUCUGGGAUAAUAAUAAUGGAAACAACUACAAAGUGCGGCGUCACCGGUUCAAGAUGUCCCCCCCGCGGGAAUGGGAGAAUGGAUGGAUUCACUUUAUCUGAGCUUUGUCUGCAGUGACACUGCGUGCGUAAUUUGUGCGUAACUGAUCCCCGGGUACCUUAAGUAUGACUGUUGCUUGUUAAAGAUUCUUUUCUUUUUUUUUCUUUCCCCUGCCAUUGCCAGCUACACACAUGCUGUGAUACUGACAACCAUUUCCAACAAUGAUUCAAACAGGCUAUUUGUCUCGCUGUGGUAACAGAUUGAUUGGUGAAGACUCGGUGCCCGGGAAGGGAUUCUGUUAGUUUAUUUGCCUUUUUGUCAGGGCUCUGUACGGUUUGGUGCCAUUUGGGGUGCAAUGUCACGUUAUGUAAUGUAGAAACACGUGCCACGGAAAACGUGCACACAAUGCCGACUUCAGGCAUCAUGGGUCAUUUCAAGGGAUGCUGUAAAAGGGUUUGGUGGCACGGAGAUGUUUAAAUUAUCCAUUUGUUUUGCAUGCGUGCAAAAAUAUCGGCUGGAUGGGAAGCAGAGAGCAUCACAUCUUGGCUAAUAUGGAUGCCAAGCGAACCUAGUAGCAUACUCAUACUGAAUGUCUCCUGCAGGCUGGGAGAGACAU